AUGUCACUCGAAACCAUUGUAAACUACUUCUCUUAUCCAACCUGCUCGGGCUGGCUGCCUGAUCCCUUCUUCCGCUUGUUCCUAACCAAUAUACACAAGGACAAGCAUGGUAGCGACACGGGUACUUAUGACCACGAAGGACGUUUUGUGCCGCAGAGGUUCGAGGAUAUAUUUGCAAAAUAUGCUGCUGGACGGGACUAUCUGACCAUCUGGGAUCUGAGCAACGUCCUCAAAGGACAGCGGUGUAUUGCCGAUCCUGUCGGCUGGGGUGGUGCGCUCUUCGAAUGGCUUGCGACCUAUCUUAUGCUAUGGCCAGAGGAUGGGCGUAUGAUGAAGGAAGAUAUCCGUGGUAUUUACGAUGGAAGUAUUUUCUACACAUGGGCUGAACGACGCAUGAGGGCUGAUAAAUCAUCGCGUUAA